GGAAAAGGGACGCUGAAGGACGGAAAGGAAGGAAAAGACGAACACCAGAACACAAAAGUGACGGCAAUUCGAGUUGCAACUCAUCCCAAAGUUCGAGUGAAUCAGAUGCCUUGUGACAGACUCCCGCCAGUCGCGGUGACUGCAGCUCUCGGCCGUCGGACGACGCUCGUCGUCGCAUCAUCAGAUGGACAAGCGCAGCUCUUUUUGUGGCCUGCCGGGGCAAGCCCGACGGCGCCGCUGCCGCACUUUCGCCGGUACAUGUGUCAACAGGUGAGUAAAGAAGGAGUCAGUGACAAAGAUGGCUGUGCAAAUGGUGUGUAUACAGGUCUCGUGCGGCGACAAUCAUGCACUGGUCGUGGUCCAGCGUGGCGGAACUGCAUUUCUCUGGUCGCUGCAGCUUUGUGAUGGAGAUCAUCCCAAGCCGUCUCUUGUAUGGCUGCCAGAGAAUCAAAAAGCUGCACAAAUAGCGUGCGGCGGAGACUACUCAUUGGUCGUGACGGAUGCUGGUAACCUGUACGCUUGGGGAAAUAAUGCCUUCGGAAAUCUGGGAACUGUCAGCACAGAGAACGCCACGGCACCGGUCCUGGUGAACUACUUCGUUCGAAGAACAAGGAAGAGACCCGGCGGUAGCGAACUCAGGGACAGAGAGAGGAUAGUGGCCGUAGCCGCUGGAAGCAAGCACUCUUUAUGCAGUGCGGAGGACGGGACCGUGUUCUCCUGGUGGGAAGGCACGCAUAAGAAUACUUUCAGAGUCAUGAACAGAAUGGCGUCUCUUUCUUCACUUGUGUUUGCAGGGGCUGUGGCGCCAACGGCAGGCUAGGGCUGGGGCCUGACCUUGAGGGGAGCUUCUAUCCAAGAGAGGUUCCCAUGGGACAGACAAGCGGACAGGACGAUGACGAUGCCGGCUCAGCCACAGAACCAACCUUUUCCCAAGAGAGGGUCAGUCCUUGUAUUGCAUAGAAUCUUCUCACAGGUAUCCGUGUACACGUGUGUAUGCGCAUGUGAUGCAGAGUAUAGUGAUCGUUCAGGUGUCUGCUGGAGAGGCCCACUCAGCUGCGCUGAGUGCGUUAGGGGAGUGCUUCACAUGGGGGUGUGCUGCGCAUGGGCGUUUGGGUCAUGGCGAGGCGUGCGAUGUGCCCUUGCCCAAGCAGGUGGACGCUCUCACUGGCAUCACACUCGUACAAGUGCGUCACAAACUAAGAGGGCUACUGUAUAUAUCAUGGCAGCUUCUCACUUGCUGCCUUGUCUUAUGUCAGGUAUCUUGUGGGGCCACUCAUACAUUGUGUCUAACAAGGCAGGGGAAGGUUUGGUCUUUUGGGAGGGCUGUCACCGGAGCUGAUGUAGAGCAGACGCCUGCACAGGUAUUCUGUCCUCUCACACAUGUGCUCGCAGGGUGCAAUUCUUGACAUCCGUUUGAAACGAAUUUUCAGAUUCUAGAACUGGAACGCGUCAUCCAAGUACACGCCGGCCCUAUGCGCUCCUUGGCGUUGACUGAUGAAGGAAAAGUAGGAUGGAGGGAGAAUGAUAGGAGAGCACUGGCAUGUGGCGUGUGUUGUGUGUAUUGUGAUUGGUGUGGCAGUUUUUUUCAUGGGGCGGUGUCUCUGCCACUCCUCACGUGAUUGAAGGCCUCAAGGCCCACGCCAGCACACUGGCUCCACUCCGAGGCUCUGUGGCCACGUGAGCGAGCACAACACCAUAGAUGCACAUGAGUAUGUCUACGUUCCUGGAAAUCAUCUUUCAGUGAAGGAGAAAGCGCAUGUGCUAUGAGACGAGACGCGGAUGCUCGCAGCGAUGAGGUCAGUCACCAGACGUGAGAUCUGAAAGUAGGGGCAUCCAUCUACGAUCUAUCAGCCGUGGAGCAUCGUCUCUAUUGCGUGCGGCGCCAUGCACUCGGCCAUUGUCACGUAUGCAGGGGACAUUUGGGUAAGUCAUCCCCUAUUCAGUCAGCCCUUCAGAAAACUCCUUAGCCUACAGGUCUUUGGCUCCAACGAGAGGGGCCAGAUAGCUCAGCCGUCGGCCAUCGAUGUCUGGACACCUACUAAGCUGAGCUUCAAGGCGCCCGUGGCCGCCAUAGCUGCCGGUGGCUAUCACACUCUCGCACUCACCAAAGCGAGGGAGGUGAGGAAGUCGAUGAGAAUACACACCGGGCAUAUACAUAUUGCUACCAUUUGUGUGUCCCCAUUGGUGACUGCCAGGUGUUCAGGUGAGUGCAAGGCGAGAACCAGAGAGAUGUAUUCCCAUUAUCCCAUAUCUCUUCGCUUCACGUAUCAAUUUCCUGACAGUUGGGGUUCCGGAGAGUCAGGGCAGGUCAGUCUGGGACAGAAAGACAACGGACGGCGUGUACUGUCAACUUACGCUUCCUCAGAUAGGGUCGGGGUUGCUCUUUAACGCACCGGAGCCCUUUCAUUUGUCCGCUCUCUCUGGUGCGUCAGCUAUCGCAGCGGGCGAAGACAACAGCGCCGCCAUAGCGGCCGACGGCCACUUGUGGACGUGGGGCAACAAUGAAGGAGGCAAGCUUGGCCAGGGAAAAACAGCUGGUUCGUCCACACUGAAAGUCAAGAACCUCACUCAUACACGAACGGACAACACGGUCGGUUUCAGGUGUGCAGCUGCUUCCACGAGUGGUCACUCAGAUGCCUGGAGUGUGCGAGUUUGUGUCGCUGGGCCGACAUCACACACUCGCCGUCGACAGCGAGGAGGGUCUUUGGUCGUUUGGUGAGGGAUGGUUCGGACGUCUCGGCCGAGGCGCCGCCAGCCCAUCGCGGCAGAAGCAAGCGGUGCUUGCAGACAAUGAGACAGUACCUGGACGUGUACACUUCCAAGACGAUGGUGGGAGUCGGAUGGACGUGAGGUGCGUCAAGUCGGCUUGUGGUGCGUAUCAUUCGUGCGCCGUCGACAGUGAAGGCCAGCUUUGGAUAUGGGGAAGGGACAAGGUGAGAUUCAAGGAAGCGGCAUGAGGAAUGUGCCUGAUUUGAGUCUAUCGUUCAGUCCGUGUGUGCUUCGAGUCACUUGCUGGAGCCUCGGUAAAGAGAAAAUACAUUUCAUGCAGCCGCGUGAUGAUGUGUGCGUGUCCAGGCUUUUUCAGGCGGUGCACCCCAUCCUCAGCGAUGGGCGAGACACAGUGAGCUCCAGCAUGAAUGUAAUUACAAGAGCCAGGCAAUAAUAUUCCGCGUGGCCAGGUGUCCGCGAUCGGCAGGGUGACAAAUGUUUCAUGUGGCGACGAGUACACGGUCAUGUGUGGCGAGGGGUGCGUGCUGUCCCUCGGCCUCAACAACAAGCACCAGUGCGGGCUGGGAAGUGGCGCUCCACAGGUAUCUGUUUGUCACCGAUCUCAACCGAUGUCUUGAAACUCCAGAUCUUGAAUGUGUCUUCAGCUCGUCGAGACGCCUACAGUGAUACCCUUGCCGGCGGGUUUCCACCCUACAGCUUCUGCAUGUGGCCCUUAUCACGUCUUGGUGUGUGGCCUGGAAGGAGAGCUCUUUAGGUACGCAUGUACGAACAAAACUGAUCACGGGUAUCGCAGAGACGACGAGGUGUCCUGAUUCAGCUGGGGCGACAAUUGCUGCGGUCGAUUAGGCCGGGGAGCUGCAAAGCGAAGAGCUGAUGGACGGAUGUUGACGGAUGUUGAGGAGACACCUAAGGAGGGAAUUGAUGCAGACGUGGCUCGUGCCCAAGAGGAUCGGCCGAGUGGUGUGCCGCACAGGGUCGUGAACAAGUGGAGAGGCGAUGGCGAGGGGUCACCCGAUAUGUCGCCGAGCAGGCCUCUAGAAGGCAUGCGAACACCCACGCCAGCAAGUCAGUCGUCAGUCCAUUCCGUCAUCGAGGGGAUAUGCACUUACCGGGCUUCUCUCUCACAUAUAAGUUCAGGCUCCGCUGCGGAGGACGGAGAGGGAGGUGUUGUGCAUACAAACUGGCGAGAAAUACAGGUAUACUUCUGACGAGUCAACCAUGGCAUCCCACCAUUUCUCGAUGAGUCUCUCGUUUUGCCAGAGGAUACUCCAGCGGCAGUCGGCAGAGACGAGCGUGGAAGGCCUGAGAGACGCCGAAAAUGGGCUGAGGCGCGACCUUGCUGAGCUGAAUUCGAGAAUAAAGGAGGCAUCCGCGCAUCGUGCACAUCUGCAGAAGGUGUCUCUGCUCUGUGCUUGGAGCAACAGAGACGAUCGAUGCUUGACUCAGUGCACUUUGCCGUUCUGCAGGUAUCCAUGAGCAUCGAAGAGAGCCUGUGUCGGACAGGUGAGCCUGCUGUGCGGACAGCUGUCUGCACAGCACCCGCGUGUUCCGCUUUUCACUUCAGCGAAGCUAUUGAACAUCCCCUUGCCGGGACAUAACAAAGACAAGACCCACCCGGUGGUGCUGCGCAGCCUCAGCCAGCUGCACCCCAUCUUGUGGACACUCCAGAGACAGGUACGAAUGUGUGCAACCGGGCGUGUGAGUGAGACAGAUGGACCAAUUGAAUUACAGCUUUCUUCUUUCUUCCUGGGUGUAUCUUAUGAGUACAGCCUCUCUACAUGAAAGUGCUUAGUAACGCCGUAGUCGACUCAUCCAACGCGGCCGCCCGAGGCACAUUCAAUCGCACGGCUGACUCGGUGAGCAGGAGCACUGAGCGUUGUAAGUGCUUCCGUCUCAUUUGGCAUAAUCGGCAGUUGUUCCGUGACCUUGAAGACCCCUUCAUCUGCUUCCGCUACUUGUCGCUGGCCAAAAUGAUGGCACAAGCAGAGAUAUCUCUGCUGGCGGAGCGCGGCCGACUCGCCUCGUUGUUCAGACCGCCUGACAGCCUCCUACUCGACGCGUUGAGUGGCAUGGCGUUGAAGGUGAUGACGGAAAACAAUGAAGAAAAAUUCAUCAGUUUUCUUUUCCUUUGUCAGCUGUGUUUGUCGACGGGCUGUCUCUCCGGCUUCGCUUCCUGGCUCGCGAAAGCCCCCGCUACAGAGGAGGGGGAGGAUGCCUCUCCUCCUGCGCUCUUCGCCUUCUCUCUGCAGCAGCUUGCAACACAUGUGCGUUCGCCAACAUUAAGAUGCCGUUGUAGCUGUUGACUGUUGCUGUGUCUCUUUCUGUCCUUCUUCUGUCUUCAGCUACGGAAAGAGAUCACGCCGGAUACCGAGCCAAAACUGCGUGCACGGCUUGCCAUCGGACGUGAAUCUUUCAGAGACUCCAUGAAGGGCUUCAUGGACCCCUUGCGACGAAUGCGGCUGCCGAGACCCCUCAGAAUUCUUCUGUUUCACAUAUGGGUCUGUGAAUACUGUGUCUGGUGACACGCACAAAUGUCUGAGCUCAUUUCUGCCGCCUGCAUGAUUUCAGGAGUCACUGGAGAGCCCAUCACUGGAGAGCACACAAGAGCUGCCCACUGUGCCAUGUCUACGGGUGUCGGCGGACAGAAUCGGCAAGGGCGCCGACGCUGACCUGCUGGCAAGGAAGCGACACGUCGAGAAUGGGAGAGUUCUCGUCGACCUGUCGUCACUUUGGCCCAUAGCGAAACUCUUCUUUCACGGCGUGCUGAUUCCGUUUAUGUCGGCCCCUGCCACGGUCAGUGGCAUCCCGAGCAACAGAGAAGACGCCGCCUUCACAUUCAACUGCAAGCAGGUCAGGUCGUACCUGUGACUUCAAGCGUACGUAGAAUGAUAUAUGUCGGCACUUGUGCCGCCCUGCAGGUCUGUGAAUUCUUUUGCAUGGUGUGUGAAGACUCAUUCGACGCAUCGCAGAGCAUUGAGCGGUAAGAUGACCAGUGAAUCAGCACUGGUGAGCACCGAUGAUGCAUUUGACACAUUUCCUUGUUGACACCGCAGGCUUCUAGCAGACGAGGUGACGGUGUCGGUGUGUGAGGCCUUGCUCGGGGAGCUGACGGACAUCCAGCCAACAGAACUCGACAUCGGCUUGACGCUGUCGCUGUACCAGGACCAGCUGAGACACACCCCAAAGAUCGUGACGCUCAUGUCGUCAGACGUAUGUGGCUUGAUCAACCUGCUCAUCCAGACGGCAGUUGACGGCCGGUGGCAGCUGAGAAGGGAGACAGAGGACCCCCUGCAGCGCCUGGUCGGCCAGCUGAGGCCGAUAGAGCCGGAUGUACUCCACAUCGCGAAGAAAACAGACAGAUUCCACAACUUCACACUGAGCGGUGAGCGAGUGUGGUCAUGAUUGUGCCUGUGGUCAUCACGAGCCUUCCCUGUGCAGACAUCUCGACGUAUUCGGAUCUCUCGAGCUCAGCAGAGGGGGCCGAUGCGGAUGACGUCGAGCUGUUGCGCAGCUACAAAGAUGACGACGCCCACGGUGUUGUCGGUGGGUGACAGGGGGUGGUGCGAUGACUGACUUGUGCACAAAGGGUCGAUUUCUUUUUCAGGGCCCCUCACCAAUUCCAUAGCGGCGUUGGAAAGAGGCCUAGCUAUCAUGCCGCCUAUCAGGCCGAUGCGUGACUUUGCGCUGCUGAAAUUUGAAGUGGAAGAGGCGGCGGCGAGGUGAGAGUGAUGACGACUCCUUCCCACUUACAAAUGGUGACCGACCAAUCCACACGUCAGGCUGCUCCGAUCACCGUCGCCAAACAUUUACGAGGCCACUACACUGCAAGAGGCCAUUCGGGAGCUCGAGAGUAUCAGAGGGGUGCAAAAGACAACAUCUCAUUUUGUGCUAUCCGUUUGCUUACCGAUCGGUGCCUUGUCUGUCAGAGCGACAUCACAAGUGAGGACGUCAUGCGUGCCAUCGAGAGGCGGAUCGAGGCAAGAAAGAGACACGCAGAGUACCUCCUAAAGCUGCGGGAAGCAAAAGCAUCGCUCACAGCAGAUGUGCAGUUGUUCGAAGGGCAGAUGGGCGCCGACAAGGAGUUCAUCAAGGCGUACCAGGUCCGUCCUGGCGUACACACACAAACAACUAUAUGUAGACACCCGAAUGAUGUGAGUGCGUCAUGCGUGUCUCUUUCUGCAGGAUUGUCUCGCCUUCUCUGAUGGCGGCCUGGAGAUCGAGCGAGAGAUCCUGCGAAAGGCGAGCGAAGAGGCGGUGAUGCUGAAGUUUCCAACACUCAGCAACGCCGUCACGAGACGGCCAAAGCUGGCCGCGUUUCUCCCGAAAGGCGCUAACCUGCAGCCAUCAUUCACCUUCCCUCUGGGCUUCCUGGUUAGCAGGGGGGUGGUGGCCCGCCUGAAGAGCUCCGCGGGUGGCGAUCAUUCCCUGUCAUUGUCAUACGACAAUGAGACACGAAUGCAGGAUAUGGACACGGGCCAGGAACAGCACGGGACGGGGACGGCCAGAGGAGACGAACAGCAAAUGUAUCGGUAGGGAGAUAUCGAUUCACACGCUGAACGGUGGAUGGCGCUGCUCCUUGUUGGCUUUGCAGCUCAUUAGUCUUCACCUUCACAAAGAAGGCCGCUGGCGGCUACGAUGUGCAGGUCAGGCAAUGGGGAAAUGCAGGUUCGAAGUGACUGAGUUCAUUCGUUUCUUCAUCCAUGUAGGUGCUGCAUCGUUCCACGUCCGGCGAGCGAAGUAUAUGUCACUUCGCCAUCGCGUUUGCGGACAUCAUGUCAUUCAAAACGACGCACAAGAACGCACAGGUAGGCCAACGGGCCGAAAUGUCGUGUAUUCGGUCAAUUCAAACCUGUCUCUGUCUCGUCUGGGGCAGGUCGAAUACAGCGAUGGCUUUGUAGUCUUCAAUUGCUAUCCACUGUUGCGUUUGCUGGUGUCACACGUGGCUUGAGCAGCAUUAUUUCAAAGGCACUGUGGCAAGUAGGGCCGUACACGUGGUCGACGGUAGUCCGUGAAUGGUGCGCAUGAAGCAGGGACCAAGGACCUUGCGUAGCCCUUGCUUAAGAUCGCUG